AACUUAUUUCCUGGGUCAGACCUUUUCCCCAACCAAUAGCACCACCAUUUUGUCAGGAUUAAGUUUGUUUCUUCACCUUUAUCUAUUCUAAAACUGUCUCCCAGCACCUGUUCAGAGUUUCUGCAGCCUCACUGGAAUCUGCUGAAAGUGGGAUAUAGAGCUGCGUGGCAUGAGCAUAUUAGAGGCAACUCAGCCCAACUCUCUGGAUGACCUCUCCCAGAGGCUUUACAUAGAUGUUGAAAAGCAUGGGGUCAAGAUGGAAACUUGCAGGACCUUGUAGGCCAGAGGCCAAGGGGGUGGAGCUGCAGCCCCAGCACUACGCUCUGAAAUAUGCAGAGCAGCUGUAGGCGCCAUUCCUUGCAGGAGGGGCUUCUUAAAGCGAUUUAUGUCAGUGAAAGAAGCACUCUCAUGGUUUUGCCAGCAGCAUCUUACAAGAAGUUAGUUCUGUAGAACACAACGCCGUUAAAGGAAGCGCUGUAAAUGAGCUGAAACUCCCGGACGCUACGAAGUAGCACUUUUGGUGUGGAACUAGUGCGCUUUGUCCUCCUCUUUCCGGCUCCGGGAAUUACCAGAGAGGAAAGUGGCCGGUGGCGGGGGAGCCAAGCGAGCCCUUGAGCGCGGUGACGCCAGGGUGUAGAAUGCUGGUUCCAGUGAGGCUAGGCCUGCCUACAUGACCUUUGCCACCAUCAUGCUGUGUCCCUGGAGGGGAAGGCUGAAGUUGUUGCUUGCCACGUUGAUGCUGGUGUCACUCGUCUCAUGGCUCUAUUUCCUUAUGGGCAAUUUGGAAAAUGGGCCUUCCCUCCUGCCUUCCUCUUGUUUUGGAGAACAGCCAAAGCGGUAUCUUGACCAUGAUGCCUUGGAGUCCCAGGUGCGGAAAGUGGAAGAGGAAAACCUGCUCUUGCGGCUGCAACUCAAGCAGUCUCAGGUUCAAAGUGGGAUUGAAAGUAGCCAGCAGGGGUCACCAUUCACGGAAGACCAGGAUGUUGUGGGUGAAGAAAGGAGCAACCACACUGGCUGCCCCAAGCAGAGGAUGGUGCAAAAGUGUGAGCUCAUCCAUGUUGCAAUUGUGUGUGCUGGGUACAAUGCAAGUCGUGAUGUAGUUACCCUGGUGAAAUCCAUCCUCUUCCACAGGAAGAACCCUCUCCACUUCCAUCUCAUUACUGACCUUGUGGCACAGCAGAUACUUCAGACCCUGUUCCAGUCCUGGAUGGUGCCCUCAGUCCAUGUUAGCUUCUACGAUGCGGAUGACUUGAAGCCAGAGGUGUCCUGGAUCCCUAACAAGCACUACUCAGGAAUCUAUGGGCUGAUGAAGCUGACUCUCACCAAGGCACUGCCCUCUGACCUCUCCAAGGUCAUUGUCUUGGACACAGACAUCACCUUUGCCACUGAUAUUGCUGAACUGUGGGCUGUCUUGGGGAAAUUCUCAGACAAACAGGUGAUUGGGCUGGUGGAAAACCAAAGCGAUUGGUACCUUGGGAAUCUCUGGAAGAACCAUAAACCAUGGCCGGCAUUGGGACGUGGCUUUAACACAGGAGUGAUCCUCUUGCGGCUGGAUCACCUGCGCCAAAUUGGCUGGGAGCAGAUGUGGCGCCUGACAGCCGAACGGGAGCUCAUGAACAUGCUAUCAACCUCUCUGGCAGAUCAGGAUAUCUUUAAUGCAGUGAUCAAGCGGAGUCCGACACUCAUAUAUCGACUCCCCUGCUUCUGGAAUGUGCAGCUCUCUGAUCAUACCCGUUCAGAACAGUGCUACACGGAGGUGUCUGAUCUCAAGGUGAUUCACUGGAACUCCCCCAAGAAGCUGCGAGUGAAGAAUAAGCAUGUGGAGUUCUUCCGGAACCUUUACUUGACCUUUCUGGAAUAUGAUGGCAACUUGCUACGCAGGGAACUUUUUGGCUGUGCCAACCUUCCUAAUUUGUCCAGUGGCCAGCUCCAGCAGGCCCUGGAAGAGCUGGAUGAAGAUGAUCCUUGUUAUGAUUUUCGGAGGCAGAGCCUUAUCCAGCACCGCGUGCACCUCUUCUUUUUGCAAUAUGCAUUCCCAGUCUUGACUGAUACAACUGAUGUAACCCUUGUAGCUCAGCUAUCUAUGGACAGGUUACAGAUGUUGGAAGCCAUUUGCAAACACUGGCUUGGCCCCAUCAGCCUGGCCUUGUACAUGUCUGAUGCAGAGGCCCAGCAAUUCCUGCGCUAUGCCCAGGCCUCGGAGGUGCUUGGUAGCCGCAGGAAUGUUGCCUAUCAUAUUGUGUACAAGGAGGGGCAGUUUUACCCAGUCAACUUCUUGCGCAACAUAGCGCUGAAGAAUGUGCAGACGCCUUAUGUCUUUCUGACAGAUGUUGACUUCCUGCCUAUGUACGGCCUCUAUCAUUACCUCAGGACUUCCAUCUUGCAGCUGGAGCUGCCCCAAAGGAAGGCAGCCCUAAUUGUGCCUGCAUUUGAAACACUACACUAUCGCCUCACCUUCCCCAAAUCCAAAGCGGAGCUGCUCUCCAUGCUGGACAUGGGCUCCCUCUAUACCUUCAGGUAUCAUGUGUGGCCACAGGGCCAUGCUCCAACAGACUAUGCCAAGUGGCGGACAGCCACAGUGCCAUACCGUGUAGAGUGGCAGCCACAUUUUGAGCCUUACGUUGUAGUAAGGCAUGAUUGCCCCUUGUAUGACCAGAGAUUUGUUGGCUUCGGCUGGAACAAAGUGUCCCAUGUGAUGGAACUUGAUGCCCAGGAGUACGAGUUGCUGGUGCUGCCCAAUGCCUUCAUGAUCCACAUGCCUCAUGCCCCCAGUUUUGACAUCUCCAAGUUCCGUCUGAGUGCCACUUACCGGGACUGUCUGGAGACCCUGAGGGAAGAGUUCCACCAGGACCUGUCACGCAAGUAUGGUGCUGCUGCACUCAAAUACCUCACUGCUGAGAGGCACUUGUGACGGAGGACUGGAAUCCUCGACUUGUCUGCGUAAGGAGCUAUAAUUGGCCUGCUGGUGGGAGAAGGCUCUUGUUUCCUGGAGACGUUUAGAGUCAUCUUCUGCUGAUAGCUUGGUGGUACACUCCUUGUCUGGACAAAGGUAUGAAUGUGGUCAUUUCUGAGGACACACACCACCAUUCAAGGCCAUGCAGAUUCUGUGGCAAACUAAAUUCUGCGCCCAGGCAAAAUUAGGCAAAUUCUAUACAUUCCUAGUCACGUGCUUCAUUGCAUACUGGGACUUCCAAAUUAAGGGUUUCUAAUAAUUCAGGAUUAUUUUGGGAGACGGGUGAGGGGGGAAUGAGGAUUUGGAAGCAACAAGGGAGGGUGGGAAAGUAGCACACGUAGCUUUAGCGUGGGAUUUGAGUCCCCACCUCAUCCACUAGUGUGGGAUUUGAGUCCCUCAUCCACUAAAAAGCUCCCAUCAUCAGAAUACCUUCUCCUAAUCCUUUGUUAGAAUGGUGGAUUUUACAGCUUUUGUUGCAUUUACAGACAUUGAAUUCAACCCUCUAUUAAUUUACUCUCUCCAGUUCAGUCAAAGACCAGGACUGUUGCCAUCAAUACUGUCCCUGGCUCUCUCCAUCAUCCUUGUUUCUCUCCUUCUGUAUAUUCUUCUUUUCUUUUUGCUACACCUUGAAACCAAAUUUGAAAAUUGGCAAAUUAGACUAUGCAAUUAAUUAGGAAAGGUAGCGAGUUUGUCACUUUUUUUAGCAGAAUAAUUUUCAGCUCCUGAAUAGCUUGUUCAUAGCUAUUUGUAGAUGUAUUCGGGAGGGACUGUAUAUGUGUCUUUUUUUUGUAUUUGAAGAGAUGCCUAUCUACUAGUCAUGGAUCAGAUUUUAUUGAUACUUUGGAUGGCAAAUUGGGCUUCUUAAAAGCACUGUCAUUGCAGAAGCUUAUGCUGUGCCUGCCUUGCUCCUCUCCCAGUUCAUUCCACUUUCUCCUUGAGUGGGAGGAAAACUGGUGUGGAUGUGGCUCCUCCUCAAAGUGAAUGUGAUCCAGGACACUACCACGCCUUAGCCUGAAAUGGUCUAAAAGCUGUAUCAGCAUAACAGGCACCCUAUGAAGAGUCAGGGAUAAAGGACAGUGCAAAUGUCUCUUCUGCUGCAAAUACAUAGCUCAGAUUGAGGUCUGAAGUGGAGUUAACACUCAGUACAACAAGAACAUUGUAAAAAUAACAAGCACAAACACUGUAUGUGCACAACAGAUUUCUAGGCAAAGACCCAUUUUGUUUCAAUAUCAACUACUGUUGACCUUGUAAUUACUUCCAGACCACUCUAAAAUGCAGAGAUGUUUUAAGAUGCAGAAGAUUACUGUUGGAAAUUAGGAAUUAUAAGUCUAGGGUCUGUCUUGUGGGGCUUUACCUGUGUUUUUUGUCUUGAAGACCUUAAGGAAGAUCAGCAGUAGAUUUCAUGAUGGAUGACAUCUGUGCAAAACGGCCUCACAAGCACUUCUUUCUACCAUGGGGGAAGGAGAACGUAUUCAGCUGGGUAGGUCCCAAGCCACCAGAACUUAAUGACGUGUUCACUACUCCAGCUUUAUUCCAACCCUCCUCUGCAACAAAAAUAGGAUUGUAUUGUCGAAGGCUUUCACGGCCGGAGAACGAUGGUUGUUGUGGGUUUUCCAGGCUGUAUUGCCGUGGUCUUGGCAUUGUAGUUCCUGACG